AUGGGCCACAUUACUUGGUGGUUUCCUUAUCUACUCCUGCAUUGGAGUGCCGUUUUUAUUUGGACUGGUUAUCUGCUAUCAUAUGUAUCAAUUCACCAUUCGAUCUGGGCUACUAUAUUAACGUAUGGUUUAAUCUGUGGGUUUGGUGCUGGUAUAGGAUAUGUCACUUCAUUAGAUUUAAUCUCCAGGUGGUUUCCUGAUCAUGUAGCUACAGUUAGUGCUGUAUUAAUAGCGGGAUUCAGUACUGGGGGUACGGUGUUUAAUUCUGUAGUAUCAGCCUAUGUUAAUCCCGAUAAUCUUUCUCCACAUGAACACCUAGGUUCGGUACGUGUAUUUAAUCAAACAGUAUUAUUAAACAAAGUACCAAAUACAUUCCUGUUAUUGGGUGGAAUAGUAUUUGUAUUACAAUUCAUUGGUACCAUUCUUGCCUUUACACCUUUAGCAGUCACUUAUGAGGAUUUUCAGAAUGAAAAUGAACCAGGAACUUCUCGAGAAGAAUCAUUAAUAGGUGAGAGUAGUCCAAUGGAAUUAUUUAAAGAUCCAGGAAGUUAUGUUUUAUGGAUUGUUGUUUUUACAUCUGCAACUGUGUUAAUGGGUAUUCAGUCCAUAUAUAAGAGUUUUGGUCAGACUUUUAUUCACGAUGACCAUUUUCUAGCUACACUUGGAGCCACGGCGUCCAUCCUGUCGGCCGUAUAUAAAAUUUCCAUAGCUUAUAUCGCUGACAUGACCAGUACAAAGAUCAUGUUGAUUCUAAAUAUGUUUGUGUCAGCAAUGUUAACCUUUUCAUUGUAUCAAACCCACAAUCUACCUCGUGGUUGGUUCUUUUUCUGGAUCUGUGCCUUAUAUUGUGUUUUAUCUUCGGUAUUAAUAUUAGCACCAAGUAUAAUACGCUCCACAUGGGGUGUAAUGCAUUUCACUACUAAUUUUGCCAUCAUUUGGACUUCUGUUUCAUUGUCUGGUAUUGGUGGACCGUUGGUAAUAAAUAUUCUCCUAAAAUUGGUCGGCUGGAGAAAUAUAUUGUAUAUAUUUGGAGUUUUUACAGCUAUAGCUUCCUUGUUUUCUUGUUGUGUAAAGCUGCCAUUUUGUCCACAAAGAAAGAAAAAAACCGUGGCAUCAGCAUCAUCAGAUGUUCCCAUGGAAUAUUCCAAAGCCAGAUAG